UGCACAUGCGCAAAAUGCGUGCCGGGGAACUAAAUGACGUGUUUGCUGUUACCUCGGUGCUAGGUUGUAGACGGCGUUAUCGGACAUUAUGAUCAGAAUCUUGUUUGGGCUAAAGGAUGCUUUCCGAUCACAGAACACUAUGCUUUUCCACGCUGCUCCACGAUUUUUAGGGAAAGAGCGUCACCAGCAGAUGUCAAAGAUCAAAGAAGUUACAGAUGUUACUUCAGUUUCUCCAUCAAAGAGGACGCGAACUGAAACAAAGCCUGCAGAAGAUACACCUGUCCUCAAAUUUGCUAAACUGUCUGAAAACGCCACAACACCCACCAGGGGCUCGGUGAAAGCUGCGGGAUAUGACCUCUACAGUGCGUAUGAUUACUCCGUUGGACCUAUGGACAAGGUGAUUGUCAAAACAGACAUCCAGAUCGCUGUCCCGCCUGGCUGCUAUGGUCGAGUGGCACCGAGAUCCGGACUUGCUGCAAAGUACUUCAUUGACGUUGGUGCUGGAGUUAUUGAUGAAGACUACAGAGGAAAUGUGGGAGUUGUGCUCUUCAACUUCAACAAGGAGACUUUUAAUGUUAAAAAAGGUGACAGAGUAGCUCAGCUGGUGUGUGAGAAAAUUUGCUACCCAGAGCUGCAGGAACAGGAGACACUUGAUGAAACUGAUCGGGGUGCUGGAGGUUUUGGAUCCACUGGACGAAACUGAAACUUUUAUUUAGAACCUCAUUUAUUUUAAGAGUUGGAUUGUAAAUGUAAUAGUGUACUUUUAUUGGAGUUUCUAAUAAAGGUUGUUUUUUGUAUUAUUGUU